AUGUAUUCUAUAUUAGGAAGAAGAAUAAGGAAAUUGCAAGAAAAAAAAUGGGAACCAGUACUGGAAUGGUUUUGUAAGAGAUUUGGAGUAACAGAGGUGUCUAAGGAUCUGGAACUUCCACCCAUACGAGCUGAGACCAGAGCAGUACUAGCUCGACACUUCCUAUCCUAUGACUUUCCUUCCUUAACAGCAUUAAACUUUGGUGUUGAAGCCUUGAAGUCACCAAUUCUUAUGCUGGCUUGUGUUGAAAGGCACUUGGAACCCAAAGAUGUGGUGAUGCUUGCUAGAUUAGAAGAGGAAUACCAGGUGUCUCGAUGGGGCCGCGUGCCGUGGGCUCACGAGCUGAACCAGGCUGAGCUGACUGCGCGAGUCUCCGCCUCAUUGUUAGUCUACACGCUAACUCCGAGCGCCACUCCGCUGCACAGAAGAAUAAAGAAGACAAACGAUAGCCAUGAACAUUGAAACCUAAAUUAGAAUUACUUAAUGUUUCUGUAAAAUAAGCUGAUAUAUUGUUAUCCCUAACAAA